CGCUGGUAGUGGGUGUUCCGUCGAUUUCCGUUCGUCGAUAAAUGGGUGUUUUUUUUUGUCUCUCGUUUGCUCGAUGUGCUUUAACGGUGGCCUUUGGUUAGAUUGAGAACUGUUAAUGGAUCCUGAAACAACGAACGUUUCAAACUGGUGCCAUCGGUCGAUGCUUGCCCACGCUGACUCUACGACCACAACCGACGGUGAGGCGAUGGACGAGCGACGAAAAUCCCCGAGAGCACGCUGUACCGGACGGACCAGAGUGGAUACGAUCGUAACAGCCCAUCCACCAUGGGCUAGUGAAGAUUCGGACGGUGAAGAGAGUGAUUGCCAUGACCAACGGGCCCCAUCGGUCAAGGGCCGUCCUGUGUCGCCCAGACCGGCAACGCCCGCCGACGAAGGGCCCGAUGCCGUCCAACGAUACGUCCGGUUGCAGGAAGAGCACGUCGAAGCGUCCGUUGUUGUGCUAACGAAUGGGAUCGGUUCAACUAGAGUGGGCCCACCGUUACUGGAAUCAUUGCCCAAGGGCGGUGGGAAAUUGACUUUUAAUCUAACCCCGGAGCAGCUAGGUGUGCGAAAGGCGACGGAACGUACCGAACGUGGCAGGAAGUGUAGAACUGCCGAGGAGUACCUGCGUUCACCGGAGCAAAUGAGUGCAAACACCGGCAGCCCUACCGGCGACGAUAGUCCACGAAAGAGUAGCCUCCGGCGCAGCUCGGCGUACAGCAAUCAAUCGGAGCUGGAUAAGCAGCUCGCCGUGGAACAGCAUCCGGAGCCACUUCCGGCUAGCUGUGGGCUAGCGUACGAAGACCAUCCGGGGCCAUCGGCAACCGGGUCCGGUGCGGUAAAGAUGAUGCUGAUGAUGAUACCGUCGGAAAGUGGUCGCCCGGAGGAUGUCAAUGGUUCGCGCGGUUCGUUAAGCUCGAGGGCAUCGAUGGGUGGCCAACGCAGGGACCAACAUAAAUUUGACGAGAUAUCUACCAUCUAUGACCACUUUCCAACGGAAUUUCUGCCCGACAAGUUCCGGUGCGGGCUGUGCGAGAAGUUACUGCGGGAACCACGUGUGCUGGACUGUCUGCACACGUUUUGCCGGCCUUGCUUGGAACGGGCAGCAGCGUCGGUCACGCACGGACAGGACAGUGCACUGUUCUGGCAGCGCGUCAACGAAAAUGCCAGCUUCGAUUGGGACCUUCAGCACAGUGAAAAGGAUAUAGCCGAGGGGAAAAUGGACAAUAAUAACGCACCCCCAUCGGUGAGCACCAUCGGCGAGUCACGUUUCGAACAGCUGCGCGCCUCCUUUCAGAGCUUUCGUGAGCAGCACUGUUUGCGAUCGCCGGUCAAAUCGGAAAAGGGAAGGGACAAAGUUAAGGCCAAGGUAAUAUAUGGUGACAGGGAAAAAGUUCUCAUCUGUCCCACCUGUAACCAUCCGACGGAGUUACCGGCCGGACCGAGCGGUGUUGGCCAACUGCCGCAGCACUUUGUGCUCGCAAGGAAAAUCGAGAACAUCAUUUCCCAGCAUGUGCCGUCGCCGGUUUCGUCCCGUCUCGGAUCGCCCACCACCUGUGCAUCAUCAAUCGCAUUGGCGCUGUGCGAGUUAUGCUCGGACGAGGUUACGGCAGUUGCGUCGUGUCAAACGUGCUCGUUAAAGUUGUGCAACUUUUGCAAGGAAGCUCACAAGCGGCAACGUGGCACGGCAUCGCACGGUAUCGUGCGGCUUGACGUUGGGUUGAGCGAGCUGUUGAAAGUUCGGCCCCGGCGGAACUCGACCGUCCCGGGGGAGACGGAGUCGGUUGGACCACGGUCGAUUAAAUGUCCGAUGCAUCCGGAACAUCAAUUAAACCUAUUCUGCACCAGUUGCCACCAGGUGAUCUGUGGCGAGUGUAGCACACUGCUGCACCGGGACCAUCGCUGCACGACGGUGGUACGGGCCGGGAAGGUGUACGGGCGGUUCGUUCGGGGUGCCAUCGAGCAGACACGUCCCCUUGAGGACUAUGCGCUUCAGUCGGUCGGACGGUUGAACGAUUUGACCGUCCGGAUCAACAGCCGCUGUGAGGCGGUCCAGCAGGAGGUGGACGCGUUUGUGGACGAGUACGUGGCAGCACUCGAGGAGCAUCGGCGUGCCCUGGUGGAGCAGAUCAGUAACAUCCGCCAGGCAAAGAUGGAGAUGAUUAUGGCACAAAAGCUAGACCUUGAAUGUCGUUCGCAGAACGCUCGUGCCGCGAUCGAAUUUGCCGAGGAGCUCAUGGCAGAGGGUAGUGACGUGGAGAAUCUGCUCUUUGUCAGCAUACUACUCAAGCGGUUUGAAGAAUGCCUCAAACCGACCCGUACGCUCGAUAGCACCGUUACCGAAACGGUACAGUUUCUGGCCGACGAGGAAGCGCCCAGCGUGCGUGUCCAGACCGGCGUACCAUUGUUUGGCAUUGUGACCACACAGAAAGCCGACCCAAGGCAUAGUGGAAUCGAACAUUCGGCCGGCGAGCUGGCCACACUCAAGGCACACAAGCGCGUCCAGCUGACGUUGGUCGUGCGGGACUACGAAGGACGACGCCUCGGGCAUGGUGGUAUUACGGUGCAAACAGAUCUUCACUUUCGGGACGACGAAGAUCACUCGGUUGCGAUGUCCAUCGUUGACAAUCGGGAUGGGUCGUACGGGUUGACGUUUGUACCGCCACGCCCAGGUGUAAUGCAUCUGAUGCUGUUCGUCGACGGGAAGAUACUGGAGGAAUGUCCGGUAGUUUUGCGAAUUCACAAGCUUCGACCUCACUACGGCGUGUAUCAUUGCUGCUCGUUCUGUUCCGGCGGUGGUACCAAGGGUGGUACCUGUGCAUGUGGAAGCAUCAUGCCCGGCGGAUAUCGAGGCUGCGGUCAUGGACAUGCAGGCCAUCCCGGACAGCGCCACUGGUCGUGUUGCGGGAGUCUGCAGGAAUAUUCCGACUGUACGGCAACGGUUGGAAAUGAUACGCAGCGUAAAGUGUAACAAGACAGAAAGCGCCAUCUCGCGGAAAACUUUACAACCAAGCUAGAUGAAGACCAUUUCAAGUGUUCGUGUUCGGGUGAGGUUCGGGUUUUGUUUUGGCGCAUGAGCAUAUAAGAACCGUUGGGGAAAAAGGCUAUUUUUCGGAAAAGCUCACUCCGAUGCUGUCUCGCGUACAUUCAUACACACAGACACACCCAGCGACGUAGUGCUAUUUCUCAUUUCAAAUCAGCAAAAAGCACCAGUCGAGUAACGACGUUCAUUCUUUAUGGACGCGUACAAAUAGGGGGCGCCAUUCGAGUGGUAUACUCCACUUGUUCAUGCUUGCCGUUACGACGGAUUUGAUGCAAUAAAUUGUUCACUGUUCCCCAAUGUUACCGAUGAUAUUUGUUUUCCAAUUGUGCGUACGCCACUCAAAUCCCGGCCAACUGUACCACGAUACGGAAAGAAUUAUUAUCCUCCGCACCGAAAGCCACAAUUGCAAAAUGCAUCGCAAUAGAUUAUAGAAACAAAGAGAAAUAAACUAUUAUCCGUAUCAUGGAGCGGUGGCGUUUAGACAUUCCCCACUUUGGAAUGUUGGUUUUGUUGUAGAGGAUUAAAAAAAGGGUGAAAUUCCAAAAUAGAUCGCAGAGUAAAUAUUCGCUAAAUCAAAUGAGCACUUGCUGGCUUUGUGUUUGUACGGGGUGUUGAGAGAGAGAGAAAGAGGAAGGGGGAAAAACGAGGGAAAUGAAAACGUGUAAUUGAUUUAGUUGAUUCUAGUCAAUUUUUGACUGCAAGUUUUUUUGUUUGUCAGAUUCGUUUAUACAGGACACCGAGAAUUAAAUGAAGGGAGUGCAAUAAAUAAUACCAUCAGUGCACUGGUACUGUUUGCGUCAAUAA